UUCUGUGCCUAUCAAGAUCCAUCUUCCGCUUCCGAUCACCGACGGGAGUGGUUUCGGAUUCAUGGAGCCGGCGGCGGAUAUAGAGCACCUGGAAAGGGGAUUGUUGCGGGGCGAGAAUUGCGCUGAAGAUGGUGAGGAUGAGGAAGCGGUACUGUUCAGGGCAUCGUUUGACGAAGCAGAGGAGAGAUUCGUGAAAUACCAGACUGCUCGCUGGGUUUUGUACUCUCUGGUUUUGAUUUUGGCGUGGGGAAUUGGCUUGUUGAUGCUCAUUUAUCUGCCGUUUCGGAGGUGUAUAUUUCGCAGAGAUUUUCGAUCCAGGAAGCUUUACGUCACUCCCAAUUCUGUUGUUUACAAGGUGAGAAGGCCAGUGCUACUUCCUUGUUGUGGUGUUCUCAAGAAAGAGAAGCAUGUUUUGCUGCCCUCAGUAGCUGAUGUGGUAAUCGAACAGGGGUAUCUGGAAUCUGUAUUUGGUGUCUACUCCGUUAGAAUAGAAAAUGUUGGAGUCAGAAGGCCACCGAGUGAUGAUGUCCAAAUCCAAGGAGUUGCUAAUCCUCACGCUUUUAGAAAGGCUGUUCUAAUACGCCUAUCCAACAUGAGCUCCGAGCUGUUUUCUGGGCAUCCUCCCGCUGGUGAAGAUGUUCCAAGGAUGGGUCAUUCUUCAGUCGCAUCGAUGUCCCCUUCAAGAUCAGCGAGGCACGACCCGUCUUUUCCCCUCGAUCAGUUUGCAAUUUUGCAGAAACUCGAAGAAGUUGGCUCUACGGUGAAACGAGUUGAAACAUUAAUUGACGAGCAAAACCUUCAAACACCGGCAAGGGCAGAUUAAGCUCAGCUCGAUUCUGCGAAAGCAUUUAGUUGUCAGCCAUGCAAUGCUGAUGGAAAUCCUGAAUCUUCGAAAUAGGAUGCGCCCGUUUUGUACUUAAUCUCAACCAUAAAUCAACCCUGGCAUAAAAAAUGCUGCGAGUCUUGUUUCGUCUGUAAGUAUAUGCUUACCACUUUAGAUUACAAAAAAAGUUCAUCAAAUAAUUCUUUCUUUGACAAUAUAUUACUUAACAUCGAUGGCUUAAACUUAUCGC